AUGGGACUGGAGUUUGGUGACGAAUGCUUCUGUGGAGAUAAUUCUGACUAUGACAGGUAUGGCAGUGGAUCUGGCUGCAGUAUGACGUGUGAAGGAGACAGCGGUGAGACAUGUGGUGGAUCAGAUCGCAUUCAAGUCUACAGAGCAAAAAAUGCUCUGUGCUACAAGCCUGGUCAACCAAGUCAUGGAUUAUACAACGUACAAUCCCGUCCUUACAGUUACAGCCUGGGUAACUAUGAAUAUGAGGAUGCUGUUUUACGGUAUACCUGCUACAGAGGUUACUAUUUUCCUGCCAAGCCCCCAACGGUCACAUGUGUGAGAGGAAGAACAUGGAGCCCUGCCUACAGCACCUGCCGAGCAUGUACACCAAUACCACACUGUGUUUAUGGCCAGUUACAUUGCACCACUGCCUAUGACCAACAAUGUGACCGGUGUGAUGGAGACUAUGGGCCAAAUGGAGCAGCCUACUCAAGAGUCAAUAAUGGAAGAGAAUGCAGAAAACAAUGUUCAUGGAGGACUGACAGCAAUGCUUGCUACCCAGGCUCCUGCACAGACGCCAAUUGCACAUGCAGCAGUGGAUUCUCAGAAACAGACUGCAGAACAAUUGGCAGCAGUCAAGCACCAGUCUUAUCAGAGUAUCGUGCCACCCUGGAAGAAGGGACGACAACUCUGGAAUCUCCUGCGGUCCAGAACAGUACAGCCACGGUCUACACCAAUGUACACAACUUUGAGAGCUUGAUGAUCAAUUGGAUAAGCUCCUACCAACCGACUGGACUUCCAGACCCUUCUGCCGGUGGACAUCCGUACAUCCAAAAAGCUAGGCUGGGUGUGGUGGAGGCAACAGUUGAUGCUGUUGUGAAUCGAGGGACAUCAGUGAUAUAUCAGAUCGCUUCACAACCCUGCUCACGAACAAGUGGAGUGAGUUUUACUCGAGACGACCCUGCUACAGACUUAGUUGUCUGUGAAAACACAAACAACUUGAACUACAGUCACUGGACCCCAGCAACUGGAGAUGUACUGAGCUAUGAUGUAACUACAACCAAUGGCGGGUACCUGAAUCUCUACAACAGAGACUCAUCUGAUACCAUCAUCACACGCUACUAUGAUGGACAGACAGUUUCUAGGAAUUCAACUUUCACCUUUGACUUUGAUAACCCCUACCACUGUGUGGAUGUCGCCAGUGGAUGUCGAACCACCAUGCUGAAUGCAGGGAAUGAUGUCACCUCACAGGCUCAUUUUAACGUCACUUGGCAAGGUUGGGCAGAUGAUCUCGCUAGCAUCAAAGAAUACGACCUGGUGGUCCGACAGCUGUCGGGUAGCCAUGGCAACGAAAUGACUGAAAUCUUUGACAGUCCGGCUGUUUAUGAAGGAGUAACCAGCUCUGGACAGACUGUCACCCUGCCCCAUGUUGGUGUUUACUCCGUCAUCCUUACCGCUGUUGACAACGCUGGCAAUGUUAAACUCAGCAGGCGUUUUGUCUUCUUUGACGACGAUCCCGAUGAUGUCACUGUGCAGAGCAACGCAUCUGUGCGAUUACUUUCAGCAAAUGAAGAAGCCGACUACGAGUGGUUGGUUGACCUCGACUCUAGCGGAGGGAUGACAUCAGUAGUUCUUGAUUGGAUGAACAGAUUCAUUAAUAUUCAUCACCUGAGUCAAGGAUUGCUGAAACCCAUAGGAAAUUACGUCAGCGCUACUAUUGACAGUGAUUACGACCAGAACUUUGGACUUCGUGGCCGUGCAGCCAUCCCCAAUGCCCUUGGCGUGACAGAAUUCCGCGUCUUCUACGACAUCGACCACAGCGGUGGCAAGACCACUGUCAACGUCAGCGACGACAACUCAGACCACUGGAGUAAUGAAGCUGCAAACACACAGGCGACCUACGACCUGACACUGGUGGACGGUGAUUCCAUUCGGUUCUGGGUGGAGGCCAGGGACCUAUCUGGUCACUUUGUGAGGGACAGCGCGUUGGUGCACGCUGAUUCUUCCCCGCCUAUAAUUGAAGACUUCUGGCUGGUACGGGACGGGGAGGUGAAUGUAUCCAUUCAUAACGCAGUUGAAUUGCAUAAAAUGAGUGUUGAGUUCAGGACAUACGACAUUCACAGCGGUAUCAGAACCAUUGAAUGGCUUCUCUUUGACAACUACACUGGCAUAGAAAUGGAAUAUGGGAACCAGACUCUUCCAGAUAACGACACUGGGCCACAAAUGGUACAUGGCCAUGGAAAAGUAGCUGCAAGAAAAUUGAACACGGAGGAUUGUGAUCCAGUCAACUGUAUGUGUGUUCCAAUCGGUGACUGUUACGCUGUAGACUACGGUUUUAAGCCAACAUUUCACAUUGGUACCCAUGACUACGAUUACUUCAUCACUCUGACGGUUACCAACCAUGCAAGAGUGGUAACCACCCAGACAAUCCAGAUAACAGUAGACACGUCAGCCCCUCAAGCUGGUGUGGUGCAUGAUGGGAUACGCGGGUCAAAUGAGGUAGAUUUUCAGGAAGGCAAUGACCUCUCAGCUCACUGGGAGGGGUUCUUUGACAAGGAGAGUGGGGUCAAGUUCUACCAGUAUCUGUUUGAUGAUUCCUGCUGGACCAGCAAUACAUCAAUCGGCAGCGUCAGGGAUUCGAUGAACAGAACAACCUCCACGCAUGCAAGUUGGACAGCGUCCUCACCUGGCCAGUACUACGUCACCGUCAUCGCUUACAACCGAGCCCUGGAACCCUCAGAGGCCGUCUGUUCUGACGGUGUCGUCAUCGAUACCAGCCCUCCUGAGGUGACCCAGAUUGCUAUCAGCUAUGCCCGGAUGUGGCCUGGUCUGGCUAAGGAUGUUGGUCUGGCUAAGGAUGUUGAGGGUCGGGUGUGGCUCAUCAACGAGCAUCGCAGGAAGAUAGAGCUGAUGAAUGCGUCCAGUGACUGCAGUGCUAAGGCUGCUCUAGUAGAUGAUUUGUCUGUUUAUCCUGAGAUGUCUGGCACCAACGACACCUCAGCAGUCCUCCAAGGAGACCUAAACUGCCUCUGGAUCUCAGCCGUCCAGCAGAAGUUCUACCUUCCGACCGACAAACACGUGAUCAUUUCUUGGACUGGAGAGGAUGAAGAAAGCUCAAUCUAUGACUUUGAGAUCGGUCUGAGCACUGACCCCUCCAAUCCGACCCCUGACCUUGUGACCUUCAUGUCUACAUCGGGUCAUGAUCACUUUGUGAUGUACCAUCCUCAUAUCAGCCAUGGAUCUGUGUUCCAUCUGGUUCUGAAGGCGAUCAACAAGGCUCAGUUAUCUCUAUCCAAGGUAAUUGGGCCAAUUAUUGUAGAUACCACGCCGCCCAUGUUUGUUGGACAUGUCUCGGUCCGUGUGAAGGAUGAACACUUGAUAGCUGAAUGGGGAGAUAGUGGCUUCAUUGAUGAUGAGGAUACCAGUCUGAGAUACCAAGUUGCCAUCGGGAGCAGUCCAGGUGGCACGGAAACUCUUGAUUUUCAGUCAGAAAAGGACUACAAAAUGGGACCAUGUACAUCUGUGACAUCUUGCGCUGCGUUCUUAUUGGCUGACCUAGACUGGCAUCUCCAUGGUGAUCAUGAGUAUUACGUGUCGGUCCGAGCACACAAUGGUGCUGGGUUAGCUACAGUGGGGACGUCAUCAGUUUAUAGACACAUCGUACAGUUACCAUCCCGGGGUGUUGUAUUGGAUGUCGCACCCCCUGGGGAAGGUGCAGUCGUCAACUUAGGGGUAGCCAAGGAUAUUGACGUUCAGAUAAACACCACAAGCAUCUCAGCUCGUUGGUUUGGUUUUGAGCAUCCUCAUCUUGAUAUCAACUAUGAGAUUGCCGUCGGAUCAGAAGGAGAUGCUACUGAUGUCAGCGGUGGUUUCAUUGAUGUUGGCAACGUAACCUCGUAUCGACUGGAUGGACUGGAUCUCACACUCCUUGAGAUCUAUUACGCGACCAUCCGCGCAAACUCUGAAGCAGGUAGCGUCAACGUUACUUCAGAUGGUGUCAAAGUCAUUCAGGCGGGUCAGGCACUGGAAGGAGCUGAUGCCAAAGACGGACUGGGCUGUGAUCAAGAUGAAAUGUCUGUGCCAUCAGGAUUAUCCCAACCUUCAUCUUCUGCUGAUCAGCCCUGUCAGGAUGACAUUACCUAUCAGGCCUCCACCUCUGACAUCUCAGCUCGUUGGACCAUCCCUGAGAUGCUGCAGCCCUUUGUGACAAAUAUCAUCUGGGCAGUUGAGCAGGAGGUUGAGAUUUAUUUUGAUGAUGAGCAAUCCACAACCGUGUGGAUCCAAGUGCACGAUCAAGAUCUUGGCAUGGCAUUUCAUCAUGUUGGAGAUGGUAUAGGGUUGCACAGAGGAGCUCACUAUAGAUCAAAGGUUCAAUUCUGCCACGUUAGUGUCUGCUUCCAACCCAUCGUCACUGACGGAUUCUGGGUAUUGUCCCAACCUCCCGAGGUCGGUCAGAUCACAGUCAACAACAUUGAGACUACGCAAGGCAGGUCAGAGCUCCGUGUAGUCUUCCAGCCAUUUGCACAUGAUUACGUCCUUUAUGACGACCCGCGGGAACUGAUGGAUUUCUAUGAGUGGAGCAUUGCUGAGGAUGGUAGCGAUGGAGCACUGCUGAGUCCCUGGAUGAGAAUCUAUGAUUUGGUGUUGACUGGAGAUGUGGCUCACUUCACAGCAUUCUACAGUGAGUUGCUAGACCUAGAUAUCUGUCUCCGGUUAUCAGUGAGGGGCUACAAUAAGGCUGGUCUGUCUUCCAUCGCCAGCACGGAGAUUGUUGACUGUGAUGACGUGAAGCUGAUCGUCCCCCAUAUUGUCAUUGAUGCUGAUCAUGAAGUCAUCAUUGAGCAGAAUGCAUUGUGGCGGGAACCAGACAAGAAUUACAUCUCAUCUACGUCUUCAUUAUCAGCAGUCUGGCCUACUCUUCGUCACAGGGCCUACACCUGGGCGGCCAUUUUGGAUACCGGAUCCUCUGCAUUUGGCGACUUGGACGAUGGUCUGCAGUAUCCCUGCGAUCAUCCAAUGGCGAAGGCUUGUGGGGAAACAGAUAAAGAAUUCGUCAACGUUCGUGAUUUGGUCCUACAUUAUGGCCAGCGCUAUCGCAUUUGCAUCCACGCCGAUGAAGUGACAUUGGAGCAUGAGUUUUGGAAUGAGCCGCUGCCUGCUGUGUCCAGCUGUAGCGAUGGCGUUGUCAUAGAUACGACCCCACCGACCCCAGGCUCUGUUUGGAUCGGGUGGGAUCAGCAUAAAACUUACCAAAGUUCUGUGUCUGAGUUAGUUCUUCAGUGGGAGUCCUUUACUGACAUUGAGGAACACGGCAUGGCACGACAUCACUCUGGGAUCAAACACUAUGAAUAUGCCAUCGGUUCAGAGCGAGGUGGUGGCGACGUGAUUGAUUUCACCCGUGUUGGAAUCACCGACAGUGUUAUAAUACACAACAUGAGAUUACAGAAUGGUCAUAGUUACUAUGCUACCGUAAGAGCGACUGACUUUGUAGGUCUGUCGUCACAAGCAAUGUCAGACCCAAUCACAAUUGAUACGUCACCGCCUGUCGUCAGUGCUGAUCAUUCGUUGGACAUUGGAGGCAGCUUCAUCCGAUCUACAACUUCCAUCUCAGCAAGGUGGGAGAAUGUAUUCUCCGACCAGGAGAGUGGUGUAGCGUAUUACGAGUGGGCGGUCGGUUCACAUCCAGGUCAUGCAGACAUCAUGCCGUUUACUAGAGAGAGUACAGAGAAUGGAGUCAGUGACGCAUCACGACCUUUGCUUCUUCAAGAAGGUCACUCGUAUUUUGUUUCAGUCAAGGCCAUCAAUACUGUGGGUCUGACCACAAUGAAGAGUUACGGAGCAUUCACAGUUGAUGCAAGCCCGCCAUUGGUCGGCCACGUAUUUGACGGAAACCCAGCGAACGCCUCGGCCAAUCACAGAGACCGAGACUUCCAGGAAGAUCGUACGGUGAUUAGGGCAUUCUGGGAAGGGUUUCAUGACCCUCAUAGCGCCAUCGUUGGCUAUUCCUGGAGAGUUGGGAUAUGUUCAGGGUGUAACGAUGUCAUACCUGAGCAGCAUGUGGGUUUGGACACUUAUGUCACUGCGGAGAACCUGAACCUAGUGCCUGGUCUGAUCUACUAUGUGACGGUGACGGCUUGUAAUGCUGCUGACCUUUGUAACUCGGUGACCUCUGACGGGGUCAUGGUGGAUGACUCGCCCCCAGUAGCGGGGAGUGUGUAUGACGGCGGUCCAGGGGGUGGGGAUAUCACCUAUCAAUCCUCAAGGGUCCAGCUCCGAGCUCACUGGUGGGGUUUCCAUGACCCUCACUCAGGCCUCUCUCACUACGAAUGGUGCGCCGGCACAGCACCAGGAGCUGAAGACAUUCUCCCUUUUACACGCAUCGAGCUGUCAGAAGACGCUCUGAUAUUCCUGUCAGCAUCAGACCAGAUGCCAAACGACACCGAUAUCUACGUCACGGUGCGCGCCUAUAACCGGCUUGGUAUGUGGAGUCAGGCUACGUCAAAUGGGUUCCGUGUGGACUCUAGUCCACCUGAUGUGAUGGAAACACCUGCUGUUGACGAGACACAGGGGAUGGCUGUCAACAAUACUCAGGUUUUGCGAGAUGUGAUUCACUUUUCCUGGAAGUUCAAUGACCCUGAGAGCGGUAUUAAGGACCAGUUUGUAUCCGUCAACACACAUCAUAAUGGAGAUGUCAAUAUACCUCCAAUAAAGAUUGCGGGGAGUGAGUUGGACCACACCUUCACCAAUCUGACAUUACACGAAGGCAGUCAUUACGUCAUCACCUUAGUGGCUUGUAACUUUGCUGGCCUCUGCACACAGGCCAAGACGGAGCCUUUAUUGGUUGAUGGUAGUCCACCGUCUGUUGGGACGUUUGCCGUUGGUACAGAGAGUGCUGCUGACUUGGAUCGUCAUCAUAUCAUCUGGAUUGAUCCAACCGAACCAGUAACACCACCUAUCACAGACGCAAACCUACAAACCACAAUUAAUGGCACCAAUUUUACCGACUCAACCAACUUCACUGCCGAGUUUGCUACCACAACUGACUCAACCAACUCUACCGCUGAUUUUGACAACACCACCGAUUUUGACAACACCACCAAUUUUGACAACACCACCGAUUUUGACUACACCACUGAUUUUGACAACACCACUGAUUUUGACAACACCACUGAUUCAUCAACAAACUCCACCACCGAUGUUGGAAACACCACUGACUCCAUCCUCGCCACCACCCAGAGUCAACCAACCACCCCAUCACCCCCACCCUACCACUCUGGUUGGAUGACGUGGGUAGAAGACCCCCGUACAUCCCAUGGUUCCUUAGCCCUUGCCUGGCUGGGAUUUGCUGAUGUUCACUCUGGUAUCAGCCACUACUUGGUCUCCAUCGGACGCACCUAUGGCGGCUCGGAACUCACUCCGAGUGGAUCAGUCCGUGUUAAUCAUAGCUAUGACGGCAUGUCAUUGGAUGAGGGCAUCGCGCAGACAGCCAUCAUACCACUAGAGGGCAGUAUAACGGACUUAAGUCCUCCGUAUCUCUACAUCUCCAUCUGGGCUGUCAAUGGGGUUGGUCUACCAAGCACUCGCCAUCAUUCUACUUUUGAGGCUUCCCCUACUUCACCAAACGAGGGCGCUCUUGUCCUGCUGCGUCGCUGCAUGCCUGCAACAUGCGAAGGCCACUGUGCAUGUGCACCCAUUCAUCAAGUGUGUCUUGUGAUUCCGCAAUGCACUGAUCUAACUUACAAUAAUUCCAACACUGAGAUCGAAGUUCUGGAUGUAUUGGAUCUGAUGCCCAAUGAUAUCGAUACCAUGAUUGAUAUUGAUGACACAGCCACUCAGUACAUGGCAGCGGCGUUCUGGCGAGUCACUGAGCAAAAAGGACUGGACAUCAAGUGGUAUGAGUGGAGUAUUGGUGAUGAUAUGUCUUCAGACUUUGAGCCAACAGGUGUCUUUGAUCCAGCCUUAGAAAGAAUGUGGUUUGACGUUGGACAGGACAAUCAUACUAUCAUCAUGUUCGACGAAGAUCGAAAGCUUAACAGAGAUGUAGCGUAUCACGUGUUCGUCCGGGCCUGGUAUGAUGCAACUACAUACGCAGUGUUCAGAUCAGACGGCAUUACACCUGAUAUCACACCGCCAAAAAUAUUAACAAUCAGAGGCACAAAGGUGAAAGAUCUUGUGAGACCAGAUGCAAACAAAGACACUGAUUACUUAACAGAUCCUGAUGUUGUCUCCAUCUCCUGGGAGAGGGUGUUUAUAGACAAUGCAACAUCCCACUUCCAGGUUUCUCUAAGUACCUAUCCGGGAGGUGAAGAUAUUCGUCAAUUUGCUGACCUCACCUUCCCAGUCAGUGUUUCGUCCACACAGUUGACCAGCCUGAACUUACAGAGUGGCCUGCGAUACUACAGCAAUGUACGAGCAUUCAACAAAGCUGGUCUGCACACGCUCAGAAGCAGUGAUGGCUUCGUGGUGGAUACCAGGAGGCCAGAUCCAGGCCUGGUCUUUGAUGGGAUAGAUCUUCACGAUGUAGAGUACCAGAACUCCAGCACGGUCAUCUCAGCCUCCUGGCAUGGCUUUGUGGAUCUGGAAUCCUACAUAGACCAUUAUGAGUGGUGCGUUGGACAGACCCCUAGCCCUACAGAUGAUGGCAUUUUGCCCUGUACAAGUGUUGGAAUCCACCUGUCUGCCACCAAGACUCUAGCUGUAUCACUCAUAGAUGGCAUCCGGUAUUACUCCAAGAUCUCAGCUAUCGACGCUGCCGGACAACAGUCUGAAUUAGUUUCGUCAGACGGGUUUGUAGUGGACACUACACCCCCUGAGCCGCUAGAACACAUCCAUCUAGGGGAGAACUUGAUCCAGAAUCCAUCGUUUGAAGAAGGUAUGGAUACUGUUGAGGAUACUCAGCUGCCUGAAUGGGAUGUUGGAUCUGUUAGCCAGGUUUCUGUCAUCACAUCUGGCAAGAAGAUUGCUCAAGAUGGACGUUCUUUCUUGUCUCUUCAUGGCUCUAUCUCCCAAACCUUCAACACAACACUGGGCAGCCACUACCAGGUUGUACUUUUCGCGAGUCACAUCGUGUCAUCCCACAACCCUUUGCUGAAUCAAGAAGGUCGCAUCGAGGUUGCGAAAUUGGAUCGUGUCUUCAGGUUGUAUGACCGCCCGGCACAUGGUCACUCGGACCAGAGCCUGAUGUCCAUCCAAUGGCAUCAGCACAGAUUUUACUUCACAGCCAACGACGAAGUCACAACAUUAAAAAUCUCUUCAGUGGGAGAAUCAAAUGGAAUCCUGUUGGAUAACAUUCAGGUGAGGGAGAUAACCACUGGACCGAGUACCGGUGAUGGGUCCGUAGAAGUCCAUACUCAGUUCAUUCACAGCUGGUCGUCAAUCCAGGCCAAGUGGCAUUUCAUUGACCCUGAGAGUCCAAUAGUGGACUACAGCUGGGCUAUAGGAACCACGAGAGGUGGCACCCAGCUUCAAAGCUUCACGUCAGUAGGUACACAGACAGACGCUAUCAACACAGACCUCAACAUGGCGCAUGGCUCCUAUGUCUACAUCACUGUGAUGGCGAGAAAUGCAGCCGACCUCGUCACCAUAGCAACUUCUGACCCCAUACUGAUUGACCGUACGCCACCACUGAUUUAUUUUGUCUCUGACGGUGGGGAUGCGCAAGAUGUUGACUUCAGUGCGGACGAUGAUUCUCUGACCUUCAGUUGGUCGGCGUCUGAUCCUGAGAGUGGAAUUGACCACUGUGAAUGGGCAGUUGGAUCAGAGCCUGGACUUGAUGACGUCCUACCAAGCUCACCGUCUCCUAACGACACCUCCACUGUCACCACCAGCCUGACCCAUGCUAUGGUUGAAGGCCAGCGACUGUACGUCUCCGUCACAUGCUACAAUCACGCUGAGAAGUCGUCAUGGAAAGCAUCAGAUGGUGUUACCAUAGUAACGGUGCCCCCAAGCUCAGCGGGAGCUGUAGUCAAUGUCAAAACACUGUCAGAGACUCAGCAUGAAACACGUGAUGGGUACCAGUCACAGAGGGAUGCUCUCCAGGGAUCUUGGGAUGGAUUCAUGGAUCCAUUUGGAAUUCAGUCCUAUGAGUGCUAUCUUAGUGGACCCAACGCAUUCACUUCCUGGAGACCUUGUGGAUCCACAUCAGAGACCCACCUUGAUUGGUCAGGUCUUAGCCUAGUUGAUGAUGUGACAUAUAGCCUAUCAGUCAGAGCCAUCAAUCAUGCUGGUUUGACCAGCCAGGCUAUCACAAGCAACUUCACCGUUGAGUCUGCACAGCCUAUCGUAGGAGCCUCAAGCCUGAUCAAAUAUUUUUGGCGUGGUGAAGGGACGGUUGAUCUUUCCUGGGAUGGCUUGUUCUCCUCCCCUUCCUCCUCCUUGGUCUAUGAGGUAUCUCUGGGUACCAUCCCAGGAGGUAGUGAUACCAUGCAGUGGGUGGAGACCAUGGAGACUGAUAUGCGUGUCUCACCGCUGGCUCCCUACACCGACUACCACUUGACGCUGAAGGCCAUCAGCGCGGCUGGCUUGUCAAGGACAGUCAAUAAGAUCAUUAGUGUGUAAAAGUUUUACAACGUCAAGAUGGAAUUGGUGCUUAACUUUGUUAUAUUGUAGUCCUAUAGUGGUUGAAAAGCAAAGUAAUAUACAUGCGAAGUGGAAAAUUCAUUUGAAUCAUUAAUCAAAUUUAAAAGUACACAUGUUAGUCUGCUUCUCGUAGUUUGCUGCUGCUUUUCCAGUGAUAAAUCUGAGGUAAAUUUAUUAUUCAACAUUGUUUUUCUGUCACAGUAUUGUGUUCACAGGACCUUUGACAUUCACAGCCUGGUAAGAAACAUAUUCUGGGAUCCUGAUACAGAGACGGAAUAUGUCAGCCAGACAAUUGCAGCCAGGCAAAUCAAUCCAGUGAGGCACCUAAGACUUUUCACAAAUUGUCAUAAUUUAAUCCUAAAGCCUCCAAUUCCCGAAUUCAACUUUUCUCUAACCUUUGCGAAAGAAAUUGUCUAAAAUUUGUCAGCGUCCAAUAAAUACAGACCGACCUUGCGCUAACUUUUUUUGCUAGCUAACUGCAGAUUUUACUAGCCGGUUCAAAGUUUUACUAGCCCGUUUAAAGUUUUACUACUUUUAUUCAUUUUUUUAAGACUAAGUUCUAUUCGGCGCACCAAUCAUGAAUUUGACAAUGUAGUAAUUAGUGAAUUAAUAAAUCAAAAUAACCCACAUUUGGGUUACUGACAUUUGGUAGAAAUCGCGACAUUUUGCUUAGUGAAUUAAUGUUGCCUUGCACGCGAUGCAAAAAAAGGUUUAAAGUUUACAGAGGGUGCUGCUUGUUCAACACGCGGCUCUGCAUAGACUUUGUAUCAGACACUAUCUUAAGUGACUUCGUUUAACCGUAAUGCUAUACAGCUGCAGCCAGUUAUUGUUGGAAAGAUUGAAAAACGAUGUGAACGAGAAUACUAGUGUACACAUUAAUUGUGCGGUACCGGUACCUCGCCUCGCUGCUGCGAGCUCUAUACUGUGAUAAGCUUCACUACAGUCUACUUUGUGUAUGCAGCGCGGCGAUCGCAAGUGUAUCGCACUUGCAAGCUAUAUCACGCUUUAGUUGCGUAAAUCUAUAGCUAUAGAGUACCGAAGUGCGCCACGUAUUCUGUUCCACGUGCACAUCUUAAGAUAUAGUCCAUCA